AUGUCCCCCCUGCAGUGUCCUCGGCAAUGUCCUCUGGCCAAUGCCGGCAUCCGUCUUCCGGGUUCCAUUCCCCCGCAACAUCGGGACAUACGGGGGACGGAACUGGCGGGAAAUUUAAAAAUAUCAAAAAUAUAACAUUUCUGUAUCAAACCAUUUCACAUACAUAUUGUCCCGAGUGCUUUGUCCGGCGCCCUGCCUGCAUUUUUACUGUUCUUUCUGCCUGGAAACUGAGAAACGUCCAUGGCGUCCAAAAAGCGUCCCUUUACGUCAAAAGCGGUUUUAGACCGGCUAGAGAACAGCGAUAGUAAAUCAGAACCACUUGCAGAAUUGA